CGUGGACACUUUCCAGUGGAAACUUUCCACCGCUCCGCGCUCGUGCCCUGACAGAAACCUGGCCAAGGGAGGGAGCGAGCAAGCGAGAGAAGCCGAGAAGGAGCUGCAAAGGGGCCGACGAUGGCCAUGGCGGCGGGCGGGCCCAACGGCGGCGCGAAGGUGGUGAGCCUGCGCCUGCAGUACUAUUGCGUGUUCGCGGCGGUGGGCGUGGCGGUGAUCGUGCUCUCGCUCACGUUCCUGUCCCCGUCCGCCAUGGGCGCCGUCCGCCAGAACCUCGGCACCGUCGUGGCCGUGACCACGAAUUCCAGCGGAGGCGAUGGAGUAGCGCGGGUCGUAGGAGGCGGAGAGGCCGUGUCGGCGGUGGCCGCGGCCAAGCCGGAGCCGGAGAAGGAGAAGGAGAAGGAGAAGCAGAAGGCGGGGCCGCCGGUGGUGCUGUUCAACUUCGGCGACUCGAACUCGGACACCGGCGGCGUGGCGGCGGCCGGGGGCAUCCAUAUCAUGCCGCCGGAGGGGCGCACCUACUUCCGCCGCCCCACCGGCCGCCUCUCCGACGGCCGCGUCAUCAUCGACUUCAUCUGUGCGAGUCUGAAGACGCAUGAGCUGAACCCGUACCUGAAGGCAGUGGGCUCCGACUACAGCAACGGCGUCAACUUCGCCAUGGCCGGCUCCACGGUGUCCCACGGCGUCUCCCCCUACUCCCUCAACGUCCAGGUCGACCAGUUCGUCUACUUCAAGCGCAGAUCCCUGGAGCUCAUCGAGCUAGGACUGAAGGGUCCGGUGAACAAGGAGGGCUUCGAGAACGCGCUCUACAUGAUGGACAUCGGCCACAACGACGUCGCCGGGGUGAUGCACACGCCGUCCGAUCAGUGGGACAAGAAGCUCAGGCAGAUCGUCGGCGAGAUCGGCGACGCCAUGCGGAUCCUGUAUGACAAUGGCGCGAGGAAGUUCUGGAUACAUGGGACGGGCGCCCUCGGCUGCCUGCCGGCGCUGGUGGUGCAGGAGAAGGGCGGCGAGCACGACGCGCACGGCUGCCUCGCCAGCCACAACCGGGCGGCGCAGGCCUUCAACAAGAAGCUCAGCGACCUCUGCGACGAGGUGCGGCUGCGCCUCAAGGACGCCACCGUCGUCUACACCGACAUGUUCGCCAUCAAGUACGGCUUCGUCGCCAACCACACCAAAUACGGGAUUGAGUGGCCAUUGAUGGUGUGCUGCGGAAACGGCGGGCCGCCGUACAACUUCAUGCCGGGGAAGUACGGCUGCGGCGAUCUCUGCGGGCCGGAGGAGAAGGUGCUGAGCUGGGACGGCGUGCACUUCACCGAUUUCGGCAGCGGCCUCGCCGCCAAGCAUGCCAUGAGCGGCGAGUACUCCAAGCCCAGGGUAAAGCUGGCGAGCUUGCUCAAUGGUAGCUCCAAGAAACCAUCAUCUGUGUCUUGAUGCUCAUCAAUCAAUGACUGAACCACGAACUUUGAAAGAGAAGGUUACUUGACAAAAGAAAACUUCAGAUAGAUCAUGGAUGAGUGGAUAAUGGUGAAGAUCAAUCCAUACGGUGACGACGAUGGAUACUGUGAAUGAUGUAAAAGUUGCAGCAGAUUGAUUCUACGUUGAUUGACUCCUUGUACACAAUAGGCAAUAGCUCCCUCGGCUACAAGUAAAAAGAUGUUGAUUUUUUCUUUGGGACUUCUGUGAUGCUGAGUAUAAUGAUUUUGCACUGUUGGUGUGUAUCAUUGUAUGUGUAUACACAACGUAUGUGGCGGCUGCGAUCUCCCGGAGCUCAUAAAAAUUGGUGAAUCAUAGUUUUACUUUAUCUGUAAAAGAAGGUAAUACAAAUACUUCCAAGCGUAGGCUCUUUUUUAUCCAAA